GUUAGACACGACCGAGGUAAAUAAUCACUAAGCGUCUGAGCAGAUAGAAGCAGGAGAUGAGUGAGAUACGAUAGCAACAUCCGACAAGAGAGACGCUGUUUAUGGACCAGUGAGUAGUACGCGGAUCAUUUCUCACGUGGAGCAGGCAGGCUUACCUGUGACAGAUCCUUGCGCUCUGUGUCAGUGUUGCGCGGCUUCUUGACUUAUUUAUCAGUGUUGUGGUUCAAGAAUUUCUGCAGUCGUUUAGACUCUGACUCGCUUGUGGAAAGGGUGAGUAAAUAAGGUCGGUCCGCUUCUUGAGGAGAUCAUUUCUAAAAAGCCCUACGGCCGUGUGGUGCAUCACCGGAUAAUUUUGGAAGUAAUCGCGGUCGACAUCGUCGAAGAUGGGGAACCAUCCUUGCUGCUGCCAAACCGUCGCGAACGAUCGCAUCGCGGUCAUGGCAAGAUGCGGAAAAUUUGACAAGCUGGCGUACACGAAAUACCUAUACCUUUUGUUAUUCUUUCACCGCUUACUUUGGCAUCAGUUUUGAAAAGUUUGAUGAGUUGUUCUGUGCCAUAGCCAUUGGCAAGAUCUUCGACAUAAUCCAUUUCCAGCACAUCAUUUAAGACGUAAACAAAACCACGCCACCAGGCAUCCGGGUUUGUUGCUCGUCCCCUGCCCGUGUAUCUGUGUGCGGAUCGGGGAAGUGAGUACGCGGCUGCAGGAGACCAUCGUGCGGUGUGAGACCAAAACGAAGGACAACGUUUUCGUGAACAUGGAAGUGUCCAUCCAGUACGAAAUUCUCCGCGACAAGGUGUACGACGCCUUCUACCGGCUGUCGGAGCCCCACGUGCAGAUCAGUUCCUACGUCUUUGACGUGGUGCGGGCGGCCGUGCCCUUGCUUCUCAUCGACGACGUUUUCGAGCAAAAGGAAGAAAUCGCAAACCAGAUCAAAGGCAGGCUCAGUGUGGUACUUACUUUCUUUUCAACACGGUUUCUAUCAGGACAAGGACACUUCAUGUUUUCUUGGCAUUUUAAUGCUUCGUGUUGUAUGUCUAUGACUAUGUCGCCUGAUAUAUUCGUUUUCGUUUCCUGUAUGGCUAUGGUAGAAGAAGGAGUGGAUGACCCCGGUUAUUCUGGUAGUUGUGGCACCUUCUUUCUCUCAUGCUGCGAGGUCGACUUCGGAGUCACAGUCAACAGAGAGACAAACCUUAACCUGGGCAGCAAAGUAAUACAGGUCAUGAGCAGUUUCGGAUUCAACAUAGUGCAAGCCCUGGUUACCGACAUCUCGCCUAACUUGAAAGUCAAGGAUAUGGCGUUCUCAAAUGUUACAUUCUCAACUGUUACACGAUUUGUCAUGCAAAAUGACCAUGAUCCGCAAGACGAUCAAGCUGCUUCGCAUGACAAAUCAUCGAAUGGCUAAACAGCAUCUAAAUCUGUGCCAAAUUUGUGAUGCAAGACAGACUUGCAAGCUUUCCCCUUUCCCUAUCCCUAUUGCUGUUUUUGCAUGACAAAUCCAUGUAACUACAGUUGAGAAUGUAACAGUUGAGAACGCCAUAAAGGACGCCAUGAAUGAGAUCAACGCCGCCUUCCGCUCAAAGCAGGCAGCAAAAGAAAAAGCAGAAGCCGACAAAAUCGUCUUGGUAUAGUAAUUUACUUCAAAUUUUCGCAACAAGAAAUCGUACAUGCACUGCUAAACUUUCGAUGGUUCCCCCGGAGUUGUGUUUUCUUUGUGUCGAUGAAGUUUGUUUCUGUCUCUGUACCCUGUAGUGGGUCCCUUGUGCCAUGGAGCGAUAAAUCGACCCGUGAAGAUGAUCAUUCACGAAAGGCAGCAACUAAGCGCAAGUGCCGAAUUUCAAUUUUUAUUUUCUUUGUGUCAGGUGAAACAAGCGGAAGCUGAUGCCGAGAGCAAGUACCUGCAGGGCACGGGUAUCGCAAAGCAAAGGAAAGCAAUCGUGGACGGGCUCCGUGACUCGGUCGACUCCUUCACGACGACGGUGGGGGGGAUGGCCGCCAAAGACGUCUUGGAGCUUGUGCUUGUCACACAGUAUUUCCUUCUGUUUACUUCGUCAGCAGGCGCCCAGUUUGUGAUGCUAUUUCUCCUUUAUCGCUCUGCUGAACAAGAAGCGAGCCAGAUCGUGAAGAACAGUCAGAACUCAUAGUACUUCUCAGUAAAACAAAAAAUGCUACAUUCAUCAAUCGCGACACGGCAUCUUCAGGUACUUCGAUACCAUGAAGGACAUUGGAUGUAGCUCACAAUCCAAAACCAUCUGUAAGAAAAGAAUCACAUCGCGUCUUUCCCCUCCGUUCGGUAAAAUGUCGACUCGAGAAGUUUGCAAUCACUUAUAGUUUAUCGUCUGCUCGUCUUUUGCUGGUGCAUAUGAUAUGACUGCUUUUGCAUUCUGCACGGAGAAAACACGAACUUGAGAAGGAAAAAUAAAGAACCUUCGAAUAGAUAAGGUGAAAUCUAAAUCAAAUAAAAUGGAGGACAGUACUACUACUAAUUAGCAGUAGUGUGCGUUAGCCGUUAUGGGAGGACUGACAGAUCUUCCUGCCAUACUGAUCGUGCCGAACAACCCCGGGGCCAUUACAGACAUCACGGAGGAGAUAAGGACUGGAUUCAUGCAAGGACAGGCCGGGAACGUGUAGAGUCUGUAGUGUUCUACUCCAGGUGCACUAGUGCUGAGGGUCGUGAUCGUGAAGCUCAUGCUCAAGCACCAUGCCAUCUCCUGCAUCGCUUGUUCCUGCAAGACUCGUCACGAAGGCACGCAGCGAAGGGGAUGCCGCCGCAGAGGGGAUCGAGCACUGGAGGUUUUUUGAAGAAGCUGCAUCAAGAGCACUACAAUCGCAGAGCCAGGGCUUCGCUAUCAAAAAUCUUGAUGCUUGCGGGCAGAAGACCGAUCUUCUUCGUGCCACCUUGUCCUCUGUGCGGCUACUACACCCUCAUUUUUUACGUCACGGUUUUUCUUGAAACAGAAAACGAGUAGAAUGGUGCGAAAAAUGGUACCAUGGGUAGCCAAGAGAGAGCUGAAUGUGCACCAACCGAAAAGCACGAGAAAGCAUGCUGCUUUCACCAAAUCGAGUGUUCCUUGACAAAAAGUAAAGCUCGAGGUCUUGUGCAAUCUAAUACUGAUCCGUUGCACGACAGGGAGCGCCAGCC